AUGACCGACGAAACCCCUUCUCAGACAGCAAAGUCCGCUGAGGACCGAAAAGCUGCUUCGGCCCUUGAGAACCUCGACGCUGCCGACUCCCCUUCGACACCACAAAACGUCGACGCCGACGCGGCUAACAAAGCCAUCAAGAGCCUCGGCUCCAGCAAGGCCUCAGCCUCUGCUGCUUCCCACAAGAACGUCAAGGUCGAUGCUGCUGACGUUGCUCUUCUCGUUGAGGAGCUCGAAUUGCCUAAGCCAAAGGCUACCGAGCUGCUCAAGGGCAACGAGGGUGAUGCUGUCAAGGCUAUGAGGGCGUUUAUCAAGGCUUAAGGACGAUGCCACGACGAGGCGUCACAAUUUCGUCUUUCUCCGCCAAGGGCUGGUGGGAAGGGGUGCGACAAUUAGAAUAAAAGGCAUUCAUGGCACUGGCGUUUAGCGAGCAUGCCGCAAAGAGAUUACCAACAAUAUGAGACACGACCAACAUUCAAAUCUAACAGUCUCGAGCCUUCUACAGUCACAUAGACACGAGUCGGAAAUGUUGUAGAUCAAUUA